UAUCAGUGUAGCUAUGUAAAAUUUUAGUGUUUCUAUAAGAUUUAAUAACAAAAACAUCAAGUUUUAGUUGAAUUCAUCGUUGUUUUAGAGCAAUAAAUAAGCAAUAAAGUUACAGACCGUGAGAUAGGAUGAGGAUAAGGCAGAUGCCCUUAUCCAAGAAAUAAGCGUCAAAAUUAUUGUGUACGUUUGCUGUCAUUAGCCAUGAGUGUGGUGGUAGACCCUGGCCCGCGGAAGGUCGGAAGCGUCUUACGGAAGAACUUUCUUCAAGUGGAAGAAGUUGAGGAUGAGGAUUUCCAUCCGGAAGCCGAUAAGACCGAGAGUGGCACGCAAACAAAAUUUGGAAAAGGGAAAGGGAAAUGCAUUCCAAGCGGGAUGAUACAAAAAUGUAUAAAGCAUAUAAUCAUACCAAAUCAUAAACCGAAAAAACGAAAAAUCAAAUUAAUGGACUGGAAGAAAUAUCACAGACUGAACGUAAUAUACGCAUUUCUAGAUGAACUGGAGAGAGAUUUUCCUGCAAUUUGUACUGUAUCUGUGAUUGGGAAAUCUGUUGAAGGACGCGACAUCAAAAUGUUGAAAAUUUCGAACAGCAACGCAAGCAACUGCGCGGUUUGGCUGGACGGGUCCAUACACCCGCGCGAGUGGAUCACCACCGCCGUCGUCACCUACAUAGCCGACGUCAUCGUCAAGAACUUCCCGAAUCUAUCCACCUCCAUCACCAACAAGGACUGGCACAUAGUUCCUGUUCUGAACCCUGAUGGGUAUGAAUAUACGUAUACCCACGACAGGAUGUGGAGGAAGAACAGAGCCUGUUACGAUGGAGAGUAUGGCGUCGACCUCAAUAGAAACUUCAGUUACGGAUGGGGUAAUAACGGUGAUGAAGGUUCCUCAGAAGACCCGAACAAUGUGUUUUACAGAGGACCAGCGCCCUUUUCGGAACCAGAAACCGCAGCCGUAAGGGAUACAAUAUUAGGGUCGACAACGCCAUUCAAAGUUUUCCUGUCGUUCCACAGCUAUUUCGAGCUUAUAAUAUUUCCGUGGGGAUUCAAAAAGGAUCCAUGUCCCCACUAUUUGAGACUGCUCGAAGGCGGUGCGAUUAUGGCAAGAGCAAUCUACGACGCGACAGGAAUGACUUACAAAGUCGGCAGCACAAAAGACAUGACUUACUAUGCAUGCGGCACCAGUAUAGAUUGGAGUUACGCCAUCGCUAAGAUCCCCUACUCCUACAUGAUCGAACUGCGAAGCAAGAAGCAUAAGUUCAAACUGCCAAGAGACAAAAUUGCCGAGACGUGUUUGGAGAUAUGGAGUGCCGUCAAAAAUUUCAUGGAAUACGUCGACCAAAAAUAAACUGUGAGAAUAUUAUAAAAGUGAAACUUAAGUUGUUAUUGUAAUGGU